AACAGUACGCGAGGAUAGGUCGCGAGCGUGCGAGUCGCCAUGACAACGCCCAAACAUGCGCACUACCGUCCUAAAAAGUGUUUAAACUCUUUUCUCCCUCUUCACGGAGGAGCGGACCCGAGCGAACCGGACUGCACCGGCCCCAGCUGUUUAACGGCCCUGUCCCAAACCGCUGCCUACUCUAGUGCACUACUGCCGGGCUACAGGUCUGGUACACUCCGCACGGUGCACUGCACGGCUAGCUACUGCCCUAUACACGCGGUGUCUAUCUUACACCCCAUAGUGCGCCUUUCUAGGGAGUAAGGUGCUAUUUGGGAUUCGGCCCAUGUCAUUCAUUUUGUGAUUCUCUGUAAGCGGCCAAAGCUGUUCAUGUCGGACAACUAAAACUUUCUCACUUUCCUAGCAGUGAUGUUCACUCUGUCAGAGCUCUGGUCUGUUACUGAGAGACAGGGUCACUAUAAGCUGCUGAAGCCAUGGUGGGAGGUCUUCAUGGACUAUCUGGUGCUCCUCAUGCUCAUGGUGUCAAUCCUGGCCGGGACUCUGUUACUCUCACAGGACGGGGUGGUGUGUGUCCCCAUACGCUCCACCUCAAGCAACUCCAGCGCUUCUUUUGGAAUUCCCUCAGGUCCUGGUACACCUCAUACUGCGUCAAAUGUCCCCAUAUCCAGGAGUCUAGCUACAGGCAUUCGGACUGACCUUGACUACCAGCAGUACAUCUAUGUGAGCACCGUGUGCUACCACAAAGCUCUGCCGUGGUUCUCACGCUUCCUGCCCUAUGUCACCUUACUGCAAUCGUUGCUCCUGCUGGCUAGUGGUUCCUUCUGGUUCCACUUUCCGCUCACAUCUGCCCGCAUUGAGCACUUUUUAGCCAUCCUUGCCAAGUGCUGUGAGUCGCCCUGGACCUCCAGGGCACUUUCCCAUGCUGCCAAGCUGGACAGAGCACAUCACAGUCACCCAUCAGAUGAGGACAAAGUGACAAGGACCCAAGUGCCACACAUUCCUAAAUUCUUUACUCGACAGUCCAGCCUUGACUCCGGGACUGACAGCCCCCUGCUGGCCAGGAUGGGUAGUACCUCCACCCAGCCUUCUCCAUGUCCAUCCAAUUUGUCACACUGCUCCACACUGUCCUCUACCUCAAUCCUAGAACCAGCUUCUCUGCAUAAGGCAGCUACUGUUCUUCCAGAAGGUUCUAGCACCGGGCCCACGCUGGACCGGAGUGACGGAGAACUGGCCAGAGCUCUGUUUGAGAGAGUCCGCAGGUUCCGGGGACACUGCGAGAGCUCUAAUAUCAUUUACAAGGUGUACACAGCUCAGACGGUGUUCAAAGUGCUGAAGUUCAUCGUGAUUGUGAGCUACACCACACCUCUACUGGGUUCCAUCUCUUUUACUCACACCUGCGAGCCCCAUUCCCACGCUUUAACAGGAUACCAGACCUUUCAGUGCAGCCACCUGCUAUCAUCUGUCCUGCGCAAACUGAUGAAAGCCUACAUCUGUCUCGUGGGCCUUUACGGCCUGCUGGGUGUCUACACCCUUUUCUGGAUUUUCCACAAGUCUCUGAGACAGUACUCGUUCCAGCAUCUGCGUGAAAUAGGUUCCAUGUUGGACGCUCCAGACCUGUGUAAUGACCUGGCCUUCUUGUUACACAUGACGGAUCAGUACGACCCCCUGCUGGCUCAGCGUCUCUCAGUUUUCCUGUCUCCUGUCAGUGAGACGCGGCUCAUGGAGGAGAACUUGGAGCGUCGUUGGAACGCUGCCCGUCUGCGCUCAAUGAUAACCUCCGAUCACAAGGGGCGUGCUCUGCUGCAGCUGGUGGCCGUUCCUCAUCUCCCUCCUGCACUCUUCACCCUGAGCCAGCUCGAAGUGCUGAAGCUGGAGUUAAUUGGAGAUGCUAAGCUAACAGCACAGAUCUCCAAUAUGACUGCCUUGAGGGAACUUCACUUGUACCACUGCUCAGCUACUGUGGAGUCUGGUGCACUUAUAGUCCUCCAGGAGCGUCUAGAGUCUCUGCACCUCACCUUCACCCAAGCUGCAGAGAUCCCUGGCUGGGUGUAUUCACUGCGCAGCCUGCAGGAGCUACACCUGAGUGGACGAGUGGCCAGUGAGGGCACUAUCAGCCGUGGCUGGGCGCUGGGCAGCCUACGCUAUUUGCGCCACCUACGGGUCCUCGCGUUGCGUGGCAUGCUCCAGAGAAUCCCAUCAGAGCUGAGCGAGGUUGCGGGCAGCUUGGUGCAUUUGGAGAUCCACAACGAAGGUGCCAGGCUGUUGGUGCUAACAGGACUGCGACGUCUUGUGGGGUUGACUGAACUGGAGCUGCAGGGAUGCCAGCUGGAGAGAUUGCCUUCUGCUUUGUUAUCGCUAACAGGAUUGCGCAGUUUGGACCUGCAGCACAACUGCCUAAGGACAUUGGAGGAACUGCUGGGACUGCAGCAUCUGAGGCGUCUUUCCUGCCUACGAUUGGCGCACAAUCGCAUACUGGCUGUUCCUACCAGCGUGGGAGUCCUGCGGGCCUUGGAGCUCUUGGACUUGUCACACAAUGAGCUGCGGAGUCUUCCACCAGCUCUUUUCACAAUCCAUCGACUCCGGCGCCUCCUGCUAGCUGGGAACCUGCUUGAGGAACUGCCUGCUGAAGUGGGGGCACUCACUCUCCUCACUGAGCUCGACCUGAGCAGGAACAGGCUCGAGAGAAUUCCAGAGGCACUUUUUGCCAACUGCAAGGAGUUGCGCAUUCUGAAUUUGGCCAACAACUCCCUAGGGUCCCUGAAUAUGGGAUUGGGCUCUUUGAGGUACCUUUCCAAGCUGGAUGUACAAGGAAACAACCUUGAGGAACUGCCCAUUGAGCUUGGUUGCUGCUCAGGGCUCCGUGGAGGUGGUUUGCUGGUGGAGAGCUGGCUGCUCCACACUUUGCCAUGUCACAUCAGGGACUUCCUGCAGCAGCCAUCUUGUGCUUCUUCCAAAGCUAAUUCCCGCCCUUGUUCCGAUACAUUCCCUGCCUUCUCUGCCGCCCAGUGGAGCUUUCUCUCAUCUGUGGAAUCACGCAUAUAGUUGAGAAGAGAUCUGAAAAUGCUUUCAUUUUGAUGGUGAGAAAGUCAGUGUGUGUUUUGUUCGGCGACAACCAUUGGUCCGAAUUCGCUAGAAGGAUGCAGCAUCAAUGCUUUCAUGUUGAAAUUCAGUGGAAAGCAAAAUAUAGACUUUCCACAUUCUAAUGACGGAUUAGUAACCCGAGCUCAAUUUUUAACAAAUUUUGGAACAGUUUUAUUCACUUUAUUGUUUUAUUAUUUUAAAAUCAGUAGAAAAAAGUCCUUUAUUUAACACCGCAUAUUAUAAAUCUAUGUUUAUCUGAAUGUAUUAAAUCUCACACUCACAAAAUUGUACUCUAAAUAAAUGAAUGCAAAUAUAAAAUGUCAUCUAAUGAACUAACUUCAGCUAAGCACGGCAAUGUCGCGAUGGAACGACGAUUGCGUGAAAAUCUGAUGGUUAAAAAAUAAUACAGGCUAAUAGGCUAAUAAAGUCAUUACAAACUAACAGUAAGCCUACCUCAGAUUCUGAAGUCAGUUACUUUCAAAUCAAAGGCUACUAAAUUGUAUCGUAUACUAGAGUAGCAGAAUCCAGUGACUCGUAACAUAUCGUGUGAAAGCCUGAGGUUUACACCCCUACCGAGUGCUGUCUAUUUACAUUCAGGAAAUUCUUGUUUGGAUUUGAUAUUUAUAGUGUUUUUAAAUUGUCAGUAUAUAUUAAUGGGUGUAUUUUUUUUAUGCAUUUGUAACUCCAUAAUUUAACUUACAAUUAAAACAAUAACAUUUGACUAA